GCGAUACCGACCCUGAUAAUCACCUUUAUCCGUACAGACGCAGGGACAGGUCAAACGAACUGCGAAAUUGUUCCGUGAACUUAACUGAUAAUUCAAGUUUCAAGUUUCAAGCCAAGAAAUGAAGUACACCUCUCUUGCUCUAGCUGGGAUUAUCAUCGGUGGCAUUGCCGCCAUCCUGGUCUUGAAGUUCAUCAUGAGAUGCGUGGAGGCCAAGCACGCCGAACGCGCGAGGCGGCGGGAGGAGGAGGCAGUGCCAGUGUCGCCGCCGGCGAGCGGCACGUACAGCAGCGUGGACGUCCGCGUCGAGAUGGGGUCGGUGGACCGCUUCCUGGACGACAUCCUCCGGGAGAAGCCGGCGCGGUUCACGCCGGAGAACCUCCGCGAGUUCACGGGGGACUACGCGGAGCGGCUCGGCGCCGGCGGCUUCGGCGUGGUGUACCGCGGCAGGUUCCCCGGCGGCGUGCAGGUGGCCGUCAAGAUCCUGCACCGCACGCUGGACCGCCGCGCCGAGGAGCAGUUCAUGGCGGAGGUCGCCACCGCGGGGCGCACCUACCACAUCAACCUCGUCCGCCUCUACGGCUUCUGCUUCGACGCCACCACCAAGGCGCUCGUCUACGAGUACCUCGAGAACGGCUCGCUCGACCGCGUCCUGUUCGACGCCGCCGCGGCGGCCGCCCUCGAGUUCGACACGCUGCACGGCAUCGUCGUCGGCACGGCGCGCGGGGUGAGGUACCUGCACGAGGAGUGCCAGCACCGGAUCAUCCACUACGACAUCAAGCCGGGGAACGUGCUGCUCGCCGGCGACUACGCGCCCAAGGUGGCCGACUUCGGGCUCGCCAAGCUCUGCAGCCGCGACAACACCCACCUGACGAUGACCGGCGCGCGGGGCACGCCGGGGUACGCGGCGCCGGAGCUGUGGCUGCCGCUGCCGGUGACGCACAAGUGCGACGUGUACAGCUUCGGCAUGCUGGUGUUCGAGAUCCUCGGGCGGCGGCGCAACCUCGACACCCAGCGCCCGGCGGAGAGCCAGGAGUGGUACCCCAGGUGGGCGUGGCAGAGGUUCGACCAGGGCCGGUUCGGCGAGGUCAUGGCGGCGUCGGGGAUCCGGAGCAAGGACGGCGAGAAGGCGGAGAGGAUGUGCAAGGUGGCGCUCUGGUGCAUACAGUACCAGCCGGAGGCGAGGCCGUCGAUGAGCAGCGUCGUCAGGAUGCUCGAAGGGGAGGAGCAGAUCGCGCGGCCCGUCAACCCGUUCGCGUACAUGGCGACCAUGGACGCGAUCUCCAGCUCCAGCUCCGGCGGCGGCGGCGUCAGCACCGCCACCUCCGCCUCCGCCUCCGGCGACUCGGCGCAAUCGACUCGACAUGACAUCUGCCAUUGACAUAUGCUUGGGACAAACGUGCAUGUGUACCCAUUUUCGUGUAGUACAUUUGGAUGAGCUGCUUGGAACUUUGAAUAGUAUGUAAACUGAUAGGCCUCGGUUAGAAUUUAAUAUGCUUGAAAAAUUGCAGUUUAAGGAAAUUUCAUUCAAAAAUUUAAAAAUUUUAAAUCGCACGUACAUUUUAC